UCAGGCUGACAUGAACUUGAAGAAUCCGACGUGAGGCCUCUUAGCACGCGGAGCCCCAUGGCGCAACGUGCUCCAUGCACUCCAUGGGCCGACGUGACGUGGGCACUCCGCUCUCGUCCUCCUUUGGUCAACCAAAUCCAGAGCGGCCCAGUGGCACCGCGUACCAGUGCGGCACCAGCGUACCGAGCUUCAUACCGAGCCUCAUACGGCAUCGCGGCCGUCAUGGGCCCUUUUCUGCUGAGUAGGUUGAAGAGACGGUCAGCACGUAGGUCAACUGCCUUGAUGGCAUACGAUUUGGAUGCGUGGAAACGGGGUUUCUUUGAGCCGGAAGAUGUGGAGGCAGGGUUCUACUUCAUUGAUGAUGUGGACUUGCCCAAGGAUUUAUCUGGCACACUUUUUCGCAAUGGGCCAGGGAAGUUCAAGGCAGACAAUGACAUGGUGACACAUGAGCUUGACGGUGACGGGCUAGUCCUUGCGAUCUCUUUCCUUCCGGAAGAAAAGCAGGUGUGUGUCAGACACCGUUUGGUUCAGACACAGGGAUUGUUGCGUGACAAAGUGAGCAAAAGAAUGUAUGCCAAGGGGUAUCACGGAACACCUGCUGGAGAUGGUGGCUUGCCCGGCGAUCCACGGAAGAACUUUCCAAAGCAUACAGCCAAUGCAACCAUGAUGGAGUGGGAAGACAAGGUUUUGGCAGUUGGUGAAUUUGGCAAGCCUUUCGAAGUUGAUCCCGCUUGCUUGGGAACUGUGCUUGGAAAUGAAGAAGAAGGUUCAUGGGAUAUUGAUGGAGCACUGAACGACAGUGGGAUGGGUUCUUGCCCGAAGAUUUGCGGCACAGAAGAGUGCCUGACGUUCAUCUCUCAAGCGCCCUCUGCGGUCAACACCACUGUUUGCUACUACGAGUUUGCUCCAGGUGCCUGGAGGGCCCGGUACCGGAAGCCACGGCAGAUCGAGGUGGGCGGCUACACGCGUUUUUCGGACUUCGCCAUCACGCCGAAAUGGUUUGUGUUGGCGAAGGCACCUUUGAAGGUGGAUGGUCUGGGUGCAGCUUUUGGCAAGACCUUCAGCGAGGUCCUCGAGUAUGACCCGUCAGGCACUGCGGAGCUGGUCUUUGCAACACGUUUGAGGAAAGAGGAGGAGGAGAUUGUGAUCCCUGUGGAUAACCUCGUGUGUGAUGAGUUCGUGAAUGCUUAUGAGGAGGGUUCUCCGGAUCGUGUCAUUCUCGAUAUGGUUGCUGCAGAUCGCUGGGAUGGCAAAGCCCACGAGGGAGCGCGCCCCAGGUGGGAAGAGCUUGACAGAACUUCUUGGCCAAAACGUCGAUUGGUUCGUUACGAAGUGGAUUUAGCAUCCAAGACAUGGACCAAAACAGAGGGUCCAUUGCAGAAGAAUUUGAGCUUCACUUGCGUCAACCCUCUUCUGAAUGGCAAGAAGCAUUGCUUUGUUUUCGGAGCGGUGUCACAGGAGGAAGUGGGGCCCAUGGGAGGGAUUGUGAAGAUCGACACUGAGACUGGCAAAGUCGAUGAGUGGCUGCUCAAACCGGCAGAGUUUUGUGGAGAACCCCUCUUCAUCGCUAAAGAUGGCAUGAAUGAGGAAGACGACGGCUACUUGAUCACCGUGACAUUUGAUGGUGAGAAGAGCACCAGUGACGUAGUGAUCCUAGAUGCCAAGAGUCUUGCACAAGGCCCCAUUUGCCGCUUCCCGUUGUCGAAUCCAAUGCCUCAUGGGCGACGAGGUUGUUGGGUGCCCAAGUUGAGCUACACAGCUGAGCAGAUGAAGCGCAAGUUUACUCUAAUGCGAAUGUUCGAGAAGAAGUCGACGCAAUGGGACGCGAUCAAUAUGGGCUUUUCAGCACUGGGUGCUCAGGUGCUUUUCGCAAGGCAAGGCACAAGGAUGCGCUAAUCGAAUUCCUUAAGUGAAGGGAAAACCAAUCCGGCAGUUUUCCCACUAGUUUUGCUUUACGAAGUCAAUUUUCAAAUUUUCUGUGCUGUCGCUACCACAGUGACUGCGAAUGAAUUCUAUGGCACCGCGAGCGCAGACAUUCGAGGACCACUGUAAGUUCGCUUAAAAAGAGUGUCGGCUGAGCGACAGAGGCGAAAGCCGAUUUCCACGGUUGGUAUGUAAGCAAAUUCCAUUGACGGAUGGGUAAAGGCUGCAAGGCUGUUU